ACACCCUUCUUGUAACUUGUAGAAAGUCUGUUUCAUACUGCUGAAGAGCAAGAAAUACUUGCUAAACUUGUUACAGAAAAAGGAAACAUUUUACAAACAAUAGCAGGAGGUUCACAAUCAGGUGCAUAUAUGAAUGAAGCUGAUCCAAAUGAAAAAUAUUGGCAACAAAAGUUUUUUGGUACGAUAGAAAACUAUAAUAAAUUAAAAUCAAUCAAAAACAGAGUAGAUCCAAAUGGAAUAUUUGUUUGCAAUAAAUGUGUAGGUAGUGAUGAUUGGUCGGAUGAUUUGAAUUGCCGAAUAGAUUGA